GAGACUGACUCCGCCAGUCCCGCUCAGACCGCGCUGCUCUCCAGGAUGGUGUCCCGGAAGGCUGUGGCGGUUCUGCUGCUGGUGCACGUGGCUGCCAUGCUGGCCUCCCAGACAGAAGCCUUCGUUCCCAUCUUCACCCACAGUGAGCUCCAGAAGAUUCGGGAAAAGGAGCACAACAGAGGUCAAAAGAAGUCCCUGGUUUUACACAAGAGGUCUGAGGAAGUGGGGCCUCUGGACUCUUUGGAGCCCACAGAGGAAGACGAAAACCAAGUUAUCAAGCUGACUGCUCCUGUGGAAAUUGGAAUGAAGAUGAACUCCAGGCAGCUGGAAAAGUACCGGGCCGCCCUGGAAGGGCUGCUGAGUGAGGUGCUGCUGUCCACCCAGAAUGCAGAUGAGUGACAGCCCGCUCCAGGGAGAAGGUGGACAAAAACCAGGAGCCCCCCCUCCCACCCGCGGAAGGCCCUGAAAUCUGCAUGCCCCACAGCCGGGCUCCGAAGGAAAAUGCUCUCUCCCAGGCAAGCCCCCCUCCAGCAAAUAAAGCAGGAAAUCUACAGAAACGACUCUUUUUAAUAUUUUAAUUUGUAAAGGUCAAACUCAGGUCAUUCCAUAAAGGGGGAAAAGAAAUAAAGCUCAGAGGGAACUGGCCAUAAAUGGUGGUACGUACAGGAGCAAAACGUGAGCCUUUAAUAAAUUCCAUGUUCAAAUAUGAAGUCAGACCCACAGAACUGGAAGAUUUGUGCCCCUGAGGAAAGAUGGCAUUUUCUGCCCAACACACCAGUCAGUAUUAGAGCAAGGACUAGAAUUCAGGUCUCCUGAACCCCGGUCUACUUUCUGUUUAUUGAUAAGCUUGAGGUCUAACGGGCCAGAGUUGUAAGACUCCUGCACUCAACCCCUUGCUGAGUGACCUCCAGCUAGCCCUUUCACCUCAAUGAGCCUUUGCAAACGCAAGGUGGUAACAUGUGCCUUGAGUUGGUGGGGGGGGGGGGGGGAGACAGGCACCAGCAAAUCACUAUUAUCAUCUUGUGACCACACGCUCCAGCAUCCGCAGCAAAAUUCCACAGCCAACCCACUUAUUUCUGCCUUCUAAACAAAACUCGAUGGGAAAUUUCAUUCUAAUUUAAUUUUGCAUUAAUGAAUUCACGGGGCCUUAUAGGGACCAUAGUUCCCUCUAGCCAUAGGUUACCAGCAAUUUGACACGCUGCCCCUUCGGCAUUUCCACCCACCCCAACCAUUGCGGGAGCUUAGCCACAGAUUGUAGUUAGCGGAAUAAGACGAGCCCAACCCUUAGAAAGGACGGUCCUUUGGGGUGCUCUGAGUGCUCCUGAGGGACACCCAAACCUUCCAUGGGACCCAGACCCUUCAUGCCGCACAGUCACACAAUUUCCCAUGCACGUAUUGAUCAGCCCAAGCACAGCUGCAGGUCCCUGGGAAAUGCUGCCAAGACACCCUGUAAUGAAUGGAGGGAGGGCUGCACAGCAAGGGAGGAAAAGGAGGAAGAAAGGCGGGAAAGUCUACAAAGCAUGCAUUUGGGAAGAACUGGAUCCAAGACCCCUCCUCGCCCUUCGGAGCUCCGCCGUGCCAUUCACGCCAUUCCCCAGAACCUACUCCAAAAAGCAGACAAGCAAAAUGCUCACAGUCUCUUUCUAGGCGGAAAACACAGCUUUUGUGUCUUUUCCUCACUCUCUGCGCAGAUCUGUCCCUACAGUGAGACUACCUUCCCCCAUCACCAGAGGGGGGCGCUCACCUUCCCCCAUCAAGGUCCCAGACUCCCCACACCCCACCCCAUGC